UAAAACAUCACGAAGUGUAGAAUCAACAAAUUUUUUUUAUUGGGCUUCAAUAUCAUUAUGUUUUGGCUCAGUUUAGUACUAGUAUUAGUUAACUUUAAUUAUAUACAGAGUUAUGUAAGAUAUCAACCCGAACAAAUUCAUUUGUCGUUAGGUGAUAAUGGAAGAGAUGUAGUUGUUACAUGGUCCACUCCGGAUGUAGUUGGUGAAAGUAUAGUUGAAUAUGGAAUCGGAGAAAUUACCUUAAGAGCUAUUGGCAAUCCAGGGGGUGUUUUUACUGACGAUGGAAUCGAAAAACGUAGACAAGAAAUUCACCGUGUUAAGAUAUCAAAUUUGGAACCAAAUACUAUUUAUAAAUAUCGUUGUGGAAGCAGAAAAGGCUGGUCUUCGGUAUAUUGGUUUAAAACACUGCCAGCAGGUGAUUCUUGGAUACCCAAUAUUGCUAUUUAUGGUGAUUUAGGUAACAUCGAAGCUAUUUCACUACCUCAGUUACAAAAAGAAGCCCAAAACGGGAUGUAUCAUGCCAUUUUUCACAUUGGUGAUUUUGCUUACGAUAUGGAAGUUGAUAAUGGUCGAUAUGGAGACGAAUUUAUGCGACAAAUUGAGCCAAUAGCCGGAUACGUGCCUUAUAUGACAUGCCCUGGAAAUCACGAAAGUGCAUAUAAUUUCAGUCAUUAUAGAACGCGAUUCACAAUGCCUGGUGGGAAUCAAGGAUUAUAUUACAGUUUAAAUAUGGGACCUGUUCAUUUUAUAUUCUUUUCAUCUGAAGUAUACUAUGACUCACAAUAUCCGGGACCUCAACGCCAAUACAAUUGGAUUGUAGAUGAUUUAAAAGAGGCUACUAAACCUGAAAAUCGUGCUAAACGCCCAUGGAUUAUUGCAUUAGCGCAUCAACCAAUGUAUUGCACCAGUUUUAAUCAAGAUGAUUGUACAGUAAGUAGAACAAAAACCCGUGUUGGAAUGGGAAACCCACCAAAGUAUGGAUUAGAACCAUUAUUUUAUGAAAAUGGUGUUGAUAUGCAAAUUUGGGCACAUGAACAUACUUAUGAACGUUUUUAUCCCAUCUAUGAUUAUAAAGUCUUGAAUGGAAGUAUCGAUGAACCUUAUGUGAAUCCAAAAGCACCCGUGCACAUCAUUACUGGUUCUGCUGGAUGUGAAGAGGGUCAUGACUUUUUUACUCCAAAAUCUCCAGAGUGGAGUGCUUAUCGGUCACGUGAUUAUGGAUAUAGUAGGUUGAAAGUGUAUAAUAAUACACAUUUAUAUAUGGAACAGGUUUCAACUACAGCUGACAAAGUAAUUGAUGAAUUUUGGAUUAUUAAAAAUAGUCAUGGUCCUUACAAUUCCCUUUAGUUUAUU